UUCCACACAGCCCCGCCUGCCGACCCGCUGGCCCCGGGGCCCGUGGCACCCGCUGCGCAAGGUCCAGAGACCAACCCCUUGCUGGUGCAGAGGAGACCCAGGUCUCUCGGUCUUUCGCCGAGACGCCUGGAACCGGCCGUGCGCAGUGGACUGAGCUGGCGUGUCAGGAAGCACUUCUGCAGACUGGGGACUUCCAUGUGAGUGAUUUCGUUUUUUCCAACCGCCCCGUCCUUCAGCAGUGUUGGCUGCCGGAGCAUCCGAGCUGUGCGGCCGGCAGCCGCUGGGAUCCUCGCCGGACGUCGGGUGUGUGAAGCUCGCACAGUUCCCGGUUGUCCCGCGCCCGCGCCCAGACAGAGCCCGAGAGUGUGCGGGUCCGGGGCAAGGGCCGGCUGGGCUGUUUGAUGGCUUCACUGAGAAGAGUUAAAGUGCUGCUGGUGUUGAACUUGAUCGCAGUGGCGGGCUUCGUGCUCUUCCUGGCCAAGUGCCGGCCCAUCGCAGUGCGCAGCGGAGAAGCCUUCCACGAGAUCCGGCCGCGCGCGGAGGCGGUCAACCUCAGCGCGCACAGCGCCAGCCCCAUCCAGGAUGCGGUCCUGAAGCGCCUCUCUCUGCUAGAGGACAUCGUCUACCGGCAGCUCAAUGGUUUAUCCAAAUCGCUUGGGCUCAUUGAAGGUUAUGGUGGGCGAGGCAAAGGAGGCCUUCCUGCUACCCUUUCCCCGGCGGAAGAAGAAAAGGCCAAGGGACCUCAUGAGAAAUAUGGAUACAAUUCCUACCUCAGUGAAAAAAUUUCACUGGAUCGUUCCAUUCCAGAUUAUCGGCCUACCAAAUGUAAGGAGCUCAAGUACUCCAAGGAGCUGCCGCAGAUAUCCAUUAUAUUCAUCUUUGUGAAUGAGGCUCUGUCGGUGAUCCUGCGGUCAGUCCACAGUGCUGUCAAUCACACGCCAACACAUCUGCUGAAGGAGAUCAUUCUUGUGGAUGACAACAGUGAUGAAGAGGAGCUGAAGGCCCCCCUGGAGGAGUACGUCCACAAACGCUACCCCGGGCUUGUGAAGGUGGUGCGCAAUCAAAAGAGGGAGGGCCUGAUCCGAGCUCGCAUCGAGGGCUGGAAGGCGGCCACUGGCCAGGUCACUGGCUUCUUUGAUGCCCACGUGGAGUUUACUGCUGGCUGGGCUGAGCCAGUUCUGUCACGCAUCCAGGAGAACCGGAAGCGAGUGAUCCUCCCCUCCAUUGACAACAUCAAGCAGGACAACUUUGAGGUGCAGCGGUACGAGAACUCAGCCCACGGGUACAGCUGGGAGCUGUGGUGCAUGUACAUCAGCCCCCCGAAAGACUGGUGGGACGCCGGAGACCCCUCUCUCCCCAUCAGGACACCGGCCAUGAUUGGCUGCUCAUUCGUGGUCAACAGGAAGUUCUUUGGUGAGAUCGGGCUCUUAGAUCCUGGGAUGGAUGUAUAUGGAGGAGAAAAUAUUGAACUUGGAAUCAAGGUAUGGCUCUGUGGAGGCAGCAUGGAGGUCCUUCCUUGCUCACGGGUGGCCCAUAUUGAGAGGAAGAAGAAGCCGUAUAACAGCAACAUCGGCUUCUACACCAAAAGGAAUGCUCUCCGGGUUGCCGAGGUCUGGAUGGAUGAUUACAAGUCUCAUGUGUACAUCGCUUGGAACCUGCCACUGGAGAAUCCAGGAAUUGACAUAGGCGAUGUCUCUGAAAGAAGGGCAUUGAGGAAAAGUUUGAAGUGUAAGAAUUUCCAGUGGUACCUGGACCAUGUUUACCCAGAAAUGAGGAGAUACAAUAAUACCAUUGCAUAUGGGGAGCUUCGCAACAACAAGGCAAAAGAUGUCUGCUUGGACCAGGGGCCACUGGAGAACCACACAGCCAUACUGUAUCCGUGCCACGGCUGGGGCCCACAGCUUGCCCGCUACACCAAGGAAGGCUUCCUGCACUUGGGUGCCCUGGGCACCACCACACUCCUUCCUGACACUCGCUGCCUGGUGGAUAACUCGAAGAGCCGGCUGCCCCAGCUCCUUGACUGUGACAAGGUCAAGAGCAGCCUGUACAAGCGCUGGAACUUCAUCCAGAAUGGAGCCAUCAUGAACAAGGGCACAGGGCGCUGCCUGGAAGUGGAGAACCGUGGCCUGGCCGGCAUUGACCUCAUCCUCCGCAGCUGCACAGGACAGAGGUGGACCAUUAAGAACUCCAUCAAGUAGAGGGGAGGAGCAGGCCACCCGGAACCUGGCUCAGGAAGGGUCUUACACCCUCCAGACCAGCCGCACUGGUGGAGAGACUACAGGGGCCAGCAGGUGCUCAGCAGACUCCCAGGGUUUCUCCAGGGCAGCUCAGGAACCCAGGUGGUGACUUAAUGUCCCCCUCAGGCCUUCAACUGCCCACAGGCUUGUGCACCCUGGAAACGUCCUCACCCUGAACCCUUCUCUGGGAAACUAGCUGUGGCUCCUGCAGCCCCAGAUGUGCACCUGGUUCCAAGGAGCGAGACUCCCCAUGUCUCUUCCUUGUCAUCUCCUACUCACUCCAGAUCUGGGACUGGCAGGGUCCUUUCUCUUUCUCAUCUUUUGCAGCAGCAGCUUCUGAACUCCACACCAGCCCUCAAGGCAGGGGCAACGGGAGCUUCACCACAUCCAGCCCCCUUUGCUCAGAGGGACAGCCAGGCCCUGGAACUUGGUUUCCUCUAAGGUUGCUUCUGCCCAGAUGCUGUUUCACAUCCAAGACAGUGCUGCCCCCCCGCCAACUUUCCCAGCAGGGUGGCUUUGAGGGCUACAGCUCUGGGCUUUUCUGGGUCCCCCUAAGAUGGCCUGGGAGGAGCUGAUGCAUCUCUUCUGGGCACCUGGGCUCUAGGCGCCUGUAGUCUGCUCAGGUCAGCUCCUCUGCCUGUGUUUUGAGGGAGCCAAAGACAGAAAUGGGCUGAGCAGGUGAAUUAUGGUAGCUGCCAGGGACCCUGCAGGUGAAGCCAGGCCAUGCAGCUCUGGCCACUGCGACCAGGAAACUCUGACUCGUCAACACUGUCCUCAGGCAGCAGCAAAGGGGCUCCACCUGGACUUGAGGGCUGAAGUUAACGUGGCCUAGAGUGCCAGGAACCUCGAAGAUGCUUCCUGCUCACCUCAUUUCACCCCACGCUCUGCUGGCUGACGGGAGAAGGCAGUCGUUUCCUCUCUUAAGAGUAAUAAUUUUUUUCCGAUUGCCCUCUGGUUAGGGUGCACUUAUAAAUCAGAGUUAAUAUAUGGACGUGUGUACAUGCAUGCGAGUGUGGGCCUGUGUGCUGUGCGUGCAGGGUGUGUGCACGCAUGUGUGUACAUGUGGCGUGUAUGUGCGCGUGUGUGUCUGAGUGUAUGGUAGAGCAAAUGUAGCUGUGUGGCCUUGGGCUUGCCACCUCAUGGCUCAUCUGGAUGGGGACAGGCUGAUGAGACACAAGUGGGGGUGGCUCUGUGUCACUGGCCAGGAGGAUGUGGCUUGGCCUUGCCCAGCGUGGUGUCCCAGACAGAAGCCUGUCCCUUCUGCCAGUUCCCAUCUCUGUACCUUGUGCUGUCCCAGGCCAACCCUUGCCCAGAACCAAACCCUGUAGUUGCUCCGUUGCCCAGUGUGGGGUUCGCAAUGUCUCGUUGGGUGGCCUCUUAUUGGUGAUCGGCCCCUCACCCCAUCUCCAAACUUGUGAAAUAAAUACAUGUUAGCACUCUC